AUGGAUGUAAACAGCUUUUCUGUGAUCCUCAAGGCGCUGAAGCCUCAGUCUGUGCAGAUCGAAGUCGACAUCGGGGAUGGCCAGGACUCGGGCGAGCGUUGGAUACGAUGCAGGCAGAGGAAGGCGGUUCCUGAGCGGUGCUUCCGACCAACACCCCACAGCCUCAGACGCUUUUACCUCGUCUUCCACAACCUCCGUCUCCACCGUCGCACAGGUCACCUCCAGCAGCAUACCACCCUCCUCAUCUACGUUUACUCCGAGCUCAUCUUCCGUCGCCUCUUUGGUCUUGUCUUGGAGCUCCCCAAUCUCGAGUCAUUAAGAAUGUCGUCGCGGAUGACUAGGGUGACGAGGGUGGUGCUGGAUGCACUGCUGAACAAGGACAACCUCACAUCACUGGUGGAGUUGGACCUCGACCUCAUGCCCUUUCAGGGUAAAGGUCUUGUUCACUUGCACUCGUUGUACCCACGCUUGACGCGACUGAGAAAACUCGGCCUUGCUGGCUCGUGGUAUUUGGAGGAAACGGGAGCGCAUAUCUCUGGACAAUCAAACCCUGAUCCAUGGAAGCUUGAGAGUCUCCGCACCCCCCGCCAGCACCUGCGAAUCCUGAGAAUGUGCGGUCAUCUUCGCCGCCUUGGACUCACCCACAACCAACACGCGGUCGAGCCCACUUCUUUGUCUCCCUUAUUCUCGUGUCCCGAACCACAAGAGUUGAUCAUCGCAAGAAGAGGGUUCAACUUUUUGGACUUUGGCCGGACCUUGCCUCACCUUUAUGCACUGACCCUGCUCAAGAUCUCCAUAUCACGUCAAGAGCAAUUUCUGCAACUCCACAUCUUGACGGACAAGCACAUUACACCUGCGCUCCGUCAUUUGGAAGUAACAUACCGGUCGGCGACCGCCUCCGGGCUGGAGCAUCUCCUAGCGGCUUGUCAAGAUCUGAUGCUGACAAUUCUGGUCACCAGAAAGAAGAUGGAAGUAUUUGUCCUCGAAGGAGUAGCCAUUGAAGCAGCUAUUGAUGGAAAGUGA